CAUUUCUGAUGCAUGCAUUAAAAGUAUUUGAGUUACUCCGUAAACCAAAAAAAAAAAAAGAGUCAGUUUCCUCGCCGGGCGGCUGGGCACGGCACGCACUCAGCUUGCCUGAGCACCACCUGUUCGACGGAAUGCCCCAGUGACCCCGACGCCACGGCCGACAUGUCAGGCGACCGGCGCGUUCCUGGCGAUGUGUGCAGGAUCAACGCCCUGCCCGACAACGUGCUCCUCCACAUCUUGUCCUACCUGAAUGCCCGCCAGGUCGUGCAGACGUGCGUGCUGUCACGGCAGUGGCGCAACCUCUGGCGUUCGGUGCCCCGCAUCAACGCCACGUCCGACGAGUUUGAGCACAUGUCUGACAACUACGACGAGGACACCGUGCUGUUCAAGAAGUUUGUCAACCGUUUCUUGAUGCUCCGCAACCCAUUUGCCUUGGAUGACUUCCGGCUGUGGUAUGACAUGCCUUGGUACUCCUAUGACUAUUCAGAAGAUGCUAACCUAUGGAUCUGCCAUGCUCUACAUUGCAAUGCUCGAUCUAUCAUGGUCACGAUUCGGGUGUAUAGUUUGGACCUGGAUCCCAUGGUGUUUAUUUCAGGACGCAUCUUGACAAGGCUGCAUCUUUCCAAUGUUAACUUGUUCCCUGGUUUCUUUUGCCAACUCGGAACAUGCUGUGAAGCAUUGAAAUAUCUCUACUUAUGUGACUGUCUCAUGUUCGACGUUGAGAUCACCUCCAAGACGCUGAAGGUUUUGAUCAUUGAUGUUGGUUGUCACUACGCAUUUGAAGAACAGUGCUCAAUUUUGAUCCCCAGCCUCGUCUUUCUUGAAUACUGUAACUUCACUCAAGAAAGGUUACCACUGCUGAAGAACAUGGAGUCACUGGAGAGAACAUGUCUUCUACUCGAUACCUGCACUGAGGAUGGUAUCCGUCAGUUCCUCAAGGGCCUCUCUGGUGUUACUGAUUUUGAUUUAGACAUCAGUUAUCAAGGAAAUAUGCUAAAUAUGGGAAAUAGACAAUGGUGCCCAAAAUUCAACAAUCUUACAACCCUGACACUCAGUCAAUGGUGUCUGCAUCCAGACUUCUAUCCAUUGAUAGUCUUCCUUCAGAACUCACCUAGUCUGAAGAAUCUAAGUCUGAAACUCAGAGGGGUUGGCCAUACACAUCAGAGAUUCAUUGGGGAGCUUGAAGAAAGGUCAUUCAGCUGUGAGCACCUUGGUAGCGUUGAUAUUGUUUGCUGGGGGGUUCAAGAACAUGAUCCUGUGCUCGACAACCUGGUGGAGCUUCUGACCGACAAUGGCAUAGAACCUGAUAAGAUUCACAUCAGUAUCUUGCUAUAGAUUUCAUUUGCAUCAGUCACUGGAACAAGUCACAGUUCAUUCACUCAUUUGUGGACUUAGGACCAUACGCACGUUUGGUUCACCUGGAUCUUAGUUUCAGUUUGGAUGGAUUCAUGUCGCGGAAAACUAGAUAACCUGUCUGCGCACGAAUUUUAAUACGUUGUUACCAACUCAUAUCUGCUUGAGCAGCUUUAGUCUAUUGCUUUUAAGUAUUGGUUCAGGCCAAUGCGAUCAAUAACAAUACCAUGUUAAAGGCUUGAAGACAUUUGGAUUUGGAGUUUUAUUCUUUUGACUUCA